AUGCCCUGGCAGCCGCUGCCCCUGUCUUAUGCGGUGGCCAUCUACCCAUUUCAACCUUCAUCCUCACCGGCUGAACUCCCGCUUCAGAUUGGUGAUCAACUUUAUGUCAUUGAACAAGGGGGUAAAGAUGCCUCAUGGUGUCGAGGUUAUCUGGUCGCACCGCCCACUUUGUUGUCAUCACUGAACUCCGCUGGAAGAGCCGCCUCAGAAGCACGUGUCUUCUCCGGCAUCUUUCCAAGAUGCUGCAUCGAAAUUCGAGAACAACUAGGAUCCGCCCCACCGUUUUUGAUUGAACCUGGUCAACCAAAGCCAACUGCCCCGGUUCCCAUGCUGAAAAUCGGCGAUGAAUCACCAACCUCAUCUGCCGAGCCCUUGGUCGAUGAGAUUUCAAGUUGCCUUCGUGAAUGGUAUGUUCUCCAUUUGCCAGAGCUGGUACUAAGGCGAGAGUACCACACUUUGGACCAGAUGUCACAGAUCACAACGCGACUAGACUAUGCCCGCCGCGAGCUUUUGAACGAUGUCUUGACCACCCAGGAGAGGUUGGGUGUCCGUCAACAAGCUGUAUGGGAUUUGGUGCGAGGCAAUAAGAUGCUCAGCGGCGAGGUUAUUGUCCGAGACCCUGCCCAGCUCGGCAAGCUACUGACUGCGCAAGACUCCGCCAUCGAAAUUGCAAAGCUACAGUCGGUAAUGAGUGUCCUCGAUGGUACCCCUUCAGAAAAGUCAAAAGCAACCUCAUUACACCACUGCUUGCUAGAGGUCACAUCGGUGACCGGUUCUGAUCUUGAUCACGCCACCCUGAGCCUUGCUCUCUACCAAAGGGAUAUUGGAGGGAAUCUUGACUCGUACUCCGAGACCUUCAGCUCUGUGGCAUCGGCCAAAAUGAAGACGCUAUUUUCAGAUCUCAGCAACCGAGACAUAAGCCGCGAUGACCAUUUGUACCUAACGAUCAAGGUUGUGGUGCCUGAGUCGCCUCGAAGACCCAAAAAGCCGUUGCUUGAUCGUCCUCCGUCCAGGAAUGGAACUCUUCGAAGUCAAAGACAACUGUCCUUGACGCGUCGAAGAUCAAGUCUAAUGUUCGGGAAGAAGAAGAAUGCUGAAAGGCCUCAACCCGGUAAGGAUGGCCGAUCAACUCCUCUACGCAAUGAAAGGGCUUCCACGCCAAGUGUACCAGAAGAGGAGGAGGAAGGACCGAGCAAAGUGUCAGCUCCUCCAGUCCCUAGAACCGUUGCGGUUGGCGUCGUGGAUAUUGCUAAAGUCAUGAAAAAUGGCGAGCCAUGCGAGGAGGCAGUGACUAUAUGGUCAACAUCGCACCGAGAAGAGGAAAAUUCACGGGAUGAUGACCAGAUUAUAUCCAGGCUGCUCGGUAGCUUGGGAAAGGCACAUGUGGUGUCCAACAGAGUGUCCAGUGUGAGCCUAAGACUUUCCCCUUUCACAGCACCCGAGGCAGACACAUUAAUCAAGAAUAACCCAACCUCGAUGCACUUGGUAUCCAAGACACAGAAGAUGGGAUUCUCAGAGGCGCCCUCGAAACCUCGCCUGGAUAUCUACUUGAGACUUAAUCAAGCGGUCAUCACUCAGGGCUGUCACCUAUCUCACCCUGAAUUGGGUUCUGCGCCGAUAAAAGCGCUGGGCCUACAGAACUUACAACUGACUAUGGAGGUUCGUGACUCCUCCGGCCGGCGGGUUGAGCAUUGCAUAUUUCCGUCUUCCAACGGUGCAGGGGUCACAGCGUUUCGCACAAAUGCCGUUGAACACAACGUUCCGUGGGAUCAAACGCUAUGCCUCAGAAUACCAACAGAGAAAGUCUCCGACAGUCAUUUGGUUCUGAGUAUCGCUGACGCUCCCGAAUUUCCUUUUGCUCUGGCAUGGAUGCCGUUGUGGGAUCGCCAAGCCUUCGUUCAUGAUGGAAAGCACUCUUUGAUAUUGCAUGCCUAUGACAAAGUCACCUCCAGUAUUAUUCAAGGUCGUGGCGCAUACAUGUCACUACCCUGGGAUAAUCCAACGGGCCGUGCCUUAUACGAUGGAGUUGUGGCAUCUAUCGCUACCUUGGAUGUCGAGACACUGCUAUCGAGCACCGAGUUUUCUCAAGAUCGGACUCUGGUCAGUUUAAUCAGCUGGAAGCACCAGACUUCUGUCCAGCUAUUAGAUAUUCUGCAAAAAUUGACCUUUGUGCCGGAAAUUGAAAUCGUCAAACAAGUCAAGGAUGUUCUGGAUGCACUCUUUGGAGUUUUGGUGCACAAAUCCGGCGAAUCCAAGUUCGAAGAUCUGAUAUUCAACGACAUCGUCUUCGUUCUGGGUAUCGUUCAUGAUCGUCGCUACAAUCUUGGACCUCUGGUCGACCAGUACACCGAAAAUCAUUUCCGAUCUCCAUACGCAGCAUCUUGCUUGAUUCGCAGCUUCACUCGCUUAUUGCAGAGUGUUUCUGAUCCCCAAAGUGCGCGGGACAUGAGAGCACUGUUCAAAGUUGGCAGUCAAUUCAUGAAGAUUGUGAUCGCCUCCUAUCAACAGAGGCGUUUUGGUUCACAGACCAAAGAAAACGACGAAAAGCACUCGACCUUUAAGGAAGAUAUGCAGGCCAUCCUUUUUGGGUUGCAAAUGAUGAUGCGAAGUGAAACGGCUGCCCUGGUUGGCAGCAAAACUCUACUCGUUCAAAAAUUCCACACUUGGCUACCAGAAUUACUUCCAGCGUUUAGCAAGGACGAGGUGAUCAAGGUCGCCAUCGAUUUCAUUGACUCGUGUGACGAAGCAUCCGGCAAAUUGCUACUCUACAGACUCAUUCUAAUCCUGAACUAUACCAAGCUUGAUCAGAUCUGGACUGAAGACAAAGAUAAGAAGCUGUUAGUCAAGAGCUGCGUGGGCUGGUUACUUCCAUACUGGACGCCAAACAAGUCCUCGGAUGAUUGGCAUGAGCAAGUGAGACUUUGUUGCUCGAUUGUGGCCGAGUUGACACACUUUCCAACUCACUACCUCCAUGAGUUCACACCCAAGCUGAUCUCGGCGUAUAACACGAUCAUAAAUGAAUCAAGGACCAAGCGGCGGUCGCUCUCUCUUCUAUUCACUGAGCAGUACCCUUUUGUCGUCAAAGGAACAGACAACAACGAUCAGUACGACGAAAGCCUUCUAGAACUCUCGUCAUUAAUAUCCACGAUUGCGCGAACGAAGCCUCCUUCAAAUCCUAAACUUCACGGGCAAGACCUGUCUAAUUACAUUUUAUCCAGUCUCACAGUCCUGCGAUCCUUGCUCAAAAAUGAUGCCUUCCCUGAUACGUGGCUUACGCUCCAUGUAUAUCACCAUUUCUCGGCCCUUACCAUUCUUGACUACCUAUCUUCGCUGCUCAUCUCCUCUUAUCUUCCGACUCCUGAAGAUGCCGAGACAUUUGACAUGCAACUCUGGAAGUCCUUUCUGGAUACAGUCCUCUCUCUUGUGUCGUCUCAUGCAUUGACGCUUGAACUCUUUCCCGAACAAAAACGCCGUGCUGUUUGGAAAAUUGCUGGAGAUGUGCGACAGUCUGGGGCGGAUUUACUGCGCAAGAGUUGGGAGAGUUUGGGUUGGGAGGCUGAAAAUGAUGAUCAACGCCGGUACAACAUUCGCAAGCUCGGUGGAUUCCAAGUUCAGUACGUCCCGAGCCUUGUGGCCCCUGUCAUCAGCCUGUGUCUCAGUAUGCACGAAGGCUUGCGCAAGGUUGCAGUCGAGAUUCUUCAGACCAUGAUUGUGAGUGAGUGGGCGCUCAGUGAAGAUCUGGAGCUCAUUGAAACGGAGAUCAUUGGAGCUCUCAACUCUUUACUGAAAGCGAAGCCGCUCAGUGGAAACGAAGCCAUGAGCAGAAAGUUGUUCAUCGCCGAAUUGUUAGAGCUGUUCCAUACAAUCGCAAACCAACCAGAUGACGCACUGUGGACGGCUUUGGAAGAGCUUGUCGGCACAGUCGAAGAACUUGUCGAUUUGCUUACCACAACAGACCCAGACGACGAAUUGAGCAGUCCAAUUGGCGCAUCACAGCACAACGGAGGCUCGACGAACGGGAACGUUCGAGGUAAGGACACAGACUCGCAGAACUCCGAGGCCAAAGAACUGGACCGAGCGCGUCGCAGCAUCGAUGGCCUCAGCCCAACUUCACAGCAGCAAGGGCGCGAAAGAGAAUAUGGCGUACACGCACUUGAGUGCUACAAGCAGCUCGCAGAGGAAUACGAAAAAAACGGUGAUUACAAACGCCUUGCGAAGACCCACCGCGCCAUCGCCCGGAUCCACGAGGCCAGAGCUUCGAGUCGCCUCACGGGUGGUAGGGAGAUGGCGAAUGGACGUGGAAGGCUUGAUGAGUACGCAGAGGACGACGAGUGA